GCGAGCUUGGGACGAGCAACUAUGGCACUGAUGUACAGCUACAGCAGCUAGAAACUGUAGACGAACACUUGCUGCAGGGUACUACCGUAUUACGGUAUAAAUUUUAGUAUAAGAACUGUGGUGCUUUCACAUCUUUACGGAUUAUCUCCGCUCGGAGCAUUCACCCGUCAGAGAUGAGCAGUGAAGAGGACAGCUCGCUUGAUAUCGAGAUCGAAGCUCUGAAGGCCAUCUACAUCCACGAGCUUGAAGUCAGCUGUGACGAAAGGCAACAGUCGACAUGCGUGAAGGUAUCCCUGCACCCGGCCACAGCCGACAACGCAGAAGAACAGUACGUGCGCCUUGAUCUAGUCCUGGUGAUUCCGCCUGAGUAUCCUGAUGUCUUGCCCGAGAUCACGAUCCGCAACCCUCGGGGUCUAUCAGACGAGAAAAUCGCCAAGAUUCAGGCAGAUCUGCAAGAUACAGCACAGGAGAAUGUGGGAAGCCCAAUGUUGUACCAAUUGAUUGAGGUAGCCAAGGAACACCUGACAGAGGAGAACGUCCCAUGCUGCCAGUGCACCAUAUGCCUGUAUGGCUUUGCCGACGGUGAUGUGUUCACCAAGACGCAGUGUUACCACUACUUUCACUCGCACUGCUUGGCUCGCUAUGUGCGCCACGCGCUCGAGCAGAUCGCCCUGGAAGAAGCUGACAAGUUGAGCCCCACGCUGCCUUCUGCCAGUGUCGGUGCUGACGACGACACAGCAAACAACAAGGUGGUGUGCCCCGUGUGUCGUCUGCCCCUGCCUCCUCUGCUGGGGCUGACUGAAGAAGAGCAUCCACCGCCCAUGGAGCAGCAACGGCAGCCUGCCUUCUGCAUGACACCCGAACUGGAGCAGCUGCAGCGCAGCAUGGCGCACCUCUACGUUCGCCAGCAGCGCCAAGGGGGCAUCAUCAACGUGGACGCCGAGAAGAACAAGUUCCUCCUGGAGAUAUCUGCUGCUCCCGAGAGCAGCAAUGUGUCGGAAACACCAAAACACUUCGGAGCCUUCAAGUUGAGGAACUGGAGACAGCCUGCGCGGCACACAGGAAACGGAGCUUCUGUGAAAACCAGUGACACACCUUUCCACAGCUUGACCGACAGGCAGGAACAGCAGCAGCACGAGCCACGAUUUCCAAAGCCUUCAAAAAACAGGCAGUCAAGGCCCACAAACAGGCAGCAGAUGCGCAAUGAGAGAUACGAUGAGCCCGUCACCAACGGAUUUGUUGAACAUUCUGGCGAGAGUUCGUCGUCGUCUGGUGCGGAAAGGCUUCAAAGGUCAGAGACAGGUCAAAGGUCGCGGAGGUCACGACCACACCACGGCAGGGGUAGGGGUGGACAACAGCAGCAGCAACAGCAGCAGAAUUGGUACAGAUCGCCACCAGUUCAUAAGGAAGCUCAUGGCAACGCACGGUCCCCUGAAGAUUAUCGUCGGGACUAUGAUGGCAGCCAUGAAUCAACCAUUUGCAAUGACAAGAACUCGAGCAGAGAGACUGUCAGAACAACCAUGCGCACAUUCACGGACUCGAGCCCCUCAUGGAACACGCAUUCCGAUCAGGACUACAGAGGUGAUGGGCAUGCAGAUGUAUCUCCGAGUUCGCCUGCCAGCUGUGGCAGGUACGACGAUGCACCUGAGGCUCAGAGCAAGCAUCAUGGCGGCCAAGGUCAUCGCCGGGGCAGGAGAGGAGGAGGUGGCGGCAAUGACAGAAGCCACCAUGGCAGUGCACAGCAGGCAUUCAGGAAAAAGCAGUUGAAGUCGCAGGGCGUGGCUCCCAGGAAUCACGAGCCCCCCGGAAUUUACACACCCGUAGAGAACAGAUGACGAUGGAAGAAAUCCCGCCCCCGGAGCCCUCGGAUUCUUCUCACCAGUCACUGUUACCCCCAAGUUGCUGUUCAUGCCACUGGUAGAUUAAUAGCUGCUGCACUAUUAAGGGUAGUAUUUAUUUUAGAUAGGAUCCGGACUUCAAGGUUUAACUCUAAUAAGCUCUUCUCCUUCCCGUCUUCAUUGUCCAAGGUAUUGUCUUUUAUGCUGGCUUGUACAUUUGAGAGUGUGUGUGGACCUCUUUCCCUACAUACAAGCUUGGAAGAACAAGAAGAAAGUGUUGGUCGGACUUGCAACACAAGCUGUGUUUUGCUAAUGCAAGUGGCUCUCUAGUGUUUCCUUUUCAUAGUGGACAUUAAAAGUAGGUUUCUGAUUGA